UCUCUUCUGCAUUUGCACCCUCUCAGCUUUGUAAAUUCUCUGCAGCUAUUUAUUCCGUUUCUACACUUGAAAGCUGGGUGUGAUAUUCCGUAAAUAUAAAGAUGGCGAACAUUGCAAAGUUACUGGCUGGCCGCGUUCAACAUGUACUCCAAGUAGCCGCAAAGCAGCCGCAUCUAACGCCACGUUUCUUUGCUUCAGCCACCAAUUUGGAAUUCAUCAAACAUGAAGUGACUGGCGAAAAGAAGAAUGUCGCCGUCAUCACAUUGAAUCGCCCCAAAGCCCUCAAUGCCCUAUGCAACGGUCUCAUGAAGGAGUUGAGUCAAGCGCUCGAUGACUACGAGCGUGAUAGAAAUAUUGCCGCCAUUGUGAUCACCGGCAGCGAGAAGGCGUUUGCCGCUGGCGCUGAUAUCAAAGAAAUGCAACCGAAUACCUAUUCCCAAUGUAUUAUGGGUAAUUUCUUGAGUGACUGGACGCGUGUUUCGCGUUGUCAGAAGCCGAUUAUUGCCGCUGUAAAUGGCUACGCCUUGGGAGGUGGCUGUGAAUUGGCCAUGAUGUGCGAUAUCAUUUAUGCCGGAGAGAAGGCGAAAUUCGGUCAGCCAGAAAUUGCAUUGGGCACCAUCCCCGGCGCUGGUGGUACUCAGCGUUUGACGCGCGUUGUUGGCAAAUCCAAGGCUAUGGAAAUCUGCUUGACCGGCAACAUGAUCUCGGCCGUUGAGGCGGAGAAAAUGGGUUUGGUGAGCAAGGUGCUGCCCGCAGAUCAGUUGGUCAGUGAAGCUGUUAAGUUGGGUGAGAAGAUUGGCACACACUCAGGACUGAUUGUGCAACUUUGCAAGGAGAGUGUGAAUACAGCGUAUGAGACCACAUUGCAGGAAGGUCUGAAAUUCGAACGCAGGACGUUCCAUGCGACAUUCUCGACUGAGGACCGCAAGGAAGGUAUGACAGCCUUUGUCGAGAAGCGCCCAGCGAACUUCAAGAAUAACUAAAGUUUUAAGUCAGAGUAAUGCUCUCGGAUUUGAACAACUGUUCAUUUGCGUGGAAUUGCAUGCCAGAAUUUGCAUUUAUAUCUAUCUAUAUUAUGUACAUUUAUAUUUUAACAGUAAAAUUUCUUUAACUUCCAAUGA